AUGUAUCAGGUGCAUGGGAAGCAAGGGUCGUCGUGGGAGAGAGCGAACAGACGAGCAACGAGGAAGCAGGCGACUGUCACGAGCUCGAUCAGCAGCGAUGCGUUCCGGUUCGACCAGCUCAAGUCCCGCGUGAAGAGGCUCUCCUUCCGCAAGAGCGCGAUCCAUGGAUGGGGGUUGUACGCAGACGAGGUGAUCGAGCCCGAGGAGAUGGUGAUCGAGUACAAGGGAGAAGAGAAGAUGUACGAGAGGAGCGGCAUGGGCUCCUCCUACAUGUUCCGAGUCAGCAAGUCACAAGUUAUCGAUGCUACUCACUGCGGAUCUCGGGCCCGCUACAUCAAUCACUCCUGCGAGCCCAAUUGUUACACGAGAAUCAUUCACGUUGGAGGAAAACCCAAGGUC